ACAAAUGGCAUGCGUUUCUGCAACAGCUAUAAAAUAAGAAAAUUAAAAACACGAAACAAAAUAUUCGGUUAUUUUAAUCUAAUUAAUAAAGCAAAUAUUUAGAUAAUGAAAAGCUAAAACAAAAAAAUACAAAAUUAACUAAAACAUUUAAACAAAGUACAUUAAGAGAGAAAAUAGUGUAGUUGUUUAUAAAAACUUCGCACCUCAUUACGAACAAAAAAAAAAAAAAAGAAAUUAAGAAUCAUAAACAAUUUGUUUUAAUUUAAUUUUUCUUUUUCAAAUUUCUAGAUUUAUAAGUAAAAAAGCUAAAAAAAAGAAAGAAUUUUGUGAUUAAGAAACUUUUUCUUUUUUUUUAUUGAAAAAUUUCUAUAUUUGAAAUAAAUCGUUUAAAAUAUAAAAAACAUUCAAAAUUACGUCGUAUCACCCACCCACACCCAAAGUCAAACAAAACCCGGCCAACAUGGACAACAGUUCAGGGCCGGGAUUUGAUGAUGAACCACCGCCAGAACCACGGGAUGGCUGGCUACUGGUGCGCAUACAUGUGCCCGAAUUAAAUGUCUACAAAUGUCUGCAAUUUCCCUCCGAUAAAUUGGUCUGGGAUGUUAAACAACAAGUAUUAGCCUCAUUACCAAAGGAACUUAAAGAGAGCUUUAACUAUGGUCUCUUUUGUCCACCCUCUAAUGGUAAGGCUGGCAAAUUUCUCGAUGAAGAAAGACGUUUGGGUGAUUAUCCAUUCAAUGGUCCAGUGGGCUAUUUGGAGCUCAAAUAUAAACGUCGCGUCUAUAAAAUGUUAAAUUUAGAUGAACGCCAAUUGAAAGCGUUACAUACUCGUGCCAAUUUACGACGAUUUCUAGAAUGCAUCAAUGGUGGUCAUGUGGAAAAAAUCGCAAAAAUGUGUGCCAAAGGGCUGGACCCAAAUUUUCAUUGUCCCGAAAGUGGUGAGACACCACUAACCGUGGCCACAGGUGCUAAAAAACCAAAUAAACUGCUUAUAGCUUUGGUAAACGGUGGUGCUCUAUUGGAUUAUCGUACCAAAGAUGGUACCACAGCAUUACAUCGAGCUGUGGAAAAAGAUUCGUUAGAAGCUGUAACCACCCUUUUGGAACUGGGAGCUUCACCAAAUUAUAAAGAUGGUCGUGGCAUUACUCCUUUAUAUAUAUCCAUAACACGUAAAUGUGAACCAAAAAUAACUGAAAGUCUUUUGCAUGAUCAUGCCUCGUUGGGCACACAAGAUAAUCAAGGUUGGAAUGAGGUGCAUCAGGCCUGUCGUCACGGUCUUGUCCAGCAUUUGGAACAUUUAUUGUUUUAUGGUGCGGACAUGGAUGGCCGUAAUGCUUCCGGUAAUACACCAUUGCAUGUAUGCGCUGUUAACAAUCAGGAGGCUUGUGCUAGAAUGCUUCUAUUUCGUGGUGCCCAACGUGGUGCGCUAAAUUAUGCCAAUCAAACUCCUUAUCAGGUUGCUGUUAUUGCUGGUAAUUUGGAAUUGGCUGAAAUUAUACAAAAUUAUAAAACUGAAGAUGUCGUACCCUUUCGCGGUCCACCACGCUACAAUCCAAAACGUCGCUCCGGUAUGGGUUGGCUUAGUGCCAAUGGUAGCAUUGGCGGUGGUAGUCUAAUGGGUACUUUAACACGUAAUAGCAGCAGUAUUUGUGGUCAUCAUGGACCACCAUCACCGUGUCCCUCUGAACAUAUGCCAUACAGUUCAGCAAGUUCGAGUUUAUCUGAAGGAUCAUCGGGUCAUCGUUCGCAUGAAGAUGAUAUCAGCAUUGUAACAGAUAAAUCUCUUGGUGAUACCAGCGACAUUAUAAGCGACUCUUCUGGCGUUGGCACCAAUUCCGAUUCCGCUGCCUGCUCAAUAGGUCACCCUAGCACAACGGUGGUUUGCAUGGAACCCUAUGCUGGCAAUUCUGUUGGCCAUAUACGCCUGCAAGUGGGCGAUGUUAUUGAAGUUGUGGGUUCCACCGAUUGUGGCCUUCUCGAAGGUUAUGUUCGUGGCACCAAUCAGUCUGGUUUUUUCCCAGCCGAAUGUGUGCAAGAGGUGAAUUUACGCCAGAAAAAUAUAACAAAUGUUGCUACAGCGAAUCCAAAUCAAUCGCCCUAUCAACAUUCUCCCGCAGCAUCGUCUGUUCACCAGGGUUCACCACAAUUGAGUUUAGGCGGCAGUUCGGGUAUUGGCGGUAUGGGCAGCAUGGGUGGCACUCUGCCACGACCCAAUCUCAUACAUCAUCAGUCGCCGUCGUUGUCGGUGAAUAGUAAUGGUUCGACACAGGCUUUAAAUAACGGUCAUCAUAUGGGCAUGAAUGAUAAUACCAUGAAAAUGGUGGGAGGCGGAGGUGGUGCUAAUCAUCAUCAGAUCGGUCAAUAUAGCAGUGCUACAGCGCCAAGGGUUAAGAAAAGCGCCUUCAACGAGCCGCGAACCGUCGUCUUACAUCGUGCCAAACGUGGUUUUGGCUUUAUAUUGCGUGGCGCCAAAGCUUCUUCACAACUAAUGCAAUUAAAGCCGUCCGAUCGUUUUCCGGCUUUACAAUAUCUAGACGAUGUCGAUCCGGGCGGUGUGGCCGAUAUGGCUGGCCUAAAACCUGGAGAUUUUUUGCUAGCCAUUAACGGGGAAGAUGUACGUGCGGCUUCACAUGAAAAAGUUGUUGAAAUGAUACGCUCCGCUGGAGCUUUAGUAUCCAUGACUGUUAUUUCGCCUCAAUUUCCCAAUCAAAUGCAGGCCACACCGCAAUAUAUGCCAACACAUCAUUUGUCUUCGGGUCCCAGCACACCACAAACCUCGCAUAGACAGUGUGCCACAUUGCCGCGUAAAAUGUCGUUGGGACCUAAUGCUGCAGGUGGUGAGAGGCAAGGACGUCCGGCACCUUUGCCUCCUAGAAGAGAUCCUAAGACAACUUUGUCGGUGGGCAGGGCAAGAGCUAAAUCUAUGGUGGCAGGUUUGGAGAAUGGUGGUGAAAAGGAGGAGGAAGAAAUUCCUCAUACCAAAUCCUCUUCGGUGGAGUCGAUUGUAACACCCACACCCACUCAUCCGGGUACACCAGUACAGUUGCGCACGGCUAGUAUUAAGGCCAGACCUACUUCAAGUCGCAUAACAGCCGCUGAAUUGGAGGAGCUAUUCCAAAGGCAACAGGGAGAAGCGGUAGAUGGUUCUAAUCGUUAUUCCACCAUGAUGACUACUUCACGUUUCCAAUCGGGCACUGAUAGUGGAGCAGCUACACCUCCAGCCAACAACAGUUCUCCGCUCAAGGGUCCUUUAGUUUAUGGCAGUGUGGCUGAAAUGAAACGUAAAACCAAGGCCAAGAAUGGCACGCUAAGGGGUAAACCCUGUGCUAUACCAACAGUGGGAGCUGGUGCUCGAGAUUUGAAACGUUUCCACUCCACACCAGAUCUUAAUGCUACAGCUGGAGGUUCCUCCUCUUCUAUUUGGACUCCCAAUGUGGGCAAGGGACAUCAUUCGCAAGAUGAUGUAGCCACUUUGCAUGCCUCUAUGUCACGUUUGAAUACCUUGCCGCCACCAACACAUCCUCCGCCACCACCGCCCGUUGUGGGACAAGUUGUCAAGGUGGAAACUCGUCAAAAUUCCGAAUAUGAAAGCACCUUAUCGUUACAGCAAAAACUAAAGAAAAGGGUAGAAAAUGAUGCCGUUACAGCAGGAGCCAUAGAUGGGGUACAGUCGAGCUUUAAACCCUCAGCAAAUGCUAAGAUUUAUGCUUCACCCCAGGAGCUGAUAGCCUGGAAACUAAGACAGAAUCAAGAGAAUCGUCAAACUAAUCAACAACAGCAGCAACAACAACAACAAAAUAGUCAACAACAUUAUAACUCGAAUCAAGCUUUGGGCUUUGCACAAUCUACACAAAUGCAACAGCAGCAGCAGCAACAACACCAACUUCCACCGCCGCCACCACCACAACAACUACAACAGCAACAAAUCCAAAAUCAACAAACCCAACAAAUUAGUCAAUAUGCUCAACCCUCUACUUUAACACGUACCAAUUCCAAUACGAAUAGCAGCACUUCCUCUUCCGCCAAUGCCACCGGCCAAUAUGCAGUUAGUCAAACUGCUCAAAACGGUGGCAUCAUCAAUCAUACAACUCAAGUCAAUAGCACUAGUAAUAAUAACAACAUCAGCAACAACAACAAUAAUGGCAUGCCAGCAACAACAACUACAGCAAACGUGACUGCUAUGUCGGGACCAGCACCACCCAUACCCGAACCCGACUACAGUCUCAGCGAGUCAGAUGGUGAAGAUGAAAAUUCAAUAUUAGUGGCACGUAAUACAAAGCUAAACGAAAAGAUUGCUUUAAUUGAUGUACCGGAAACGAGUGGAAAUAGUCAAGCCAGCGGCAGUAGUUCCGGCUCCGGUUCCGCAUCCAUUUCACAUUCACUAUCGGUUGAUGAAAUUCAACGUAUACGCAGCAAUUUGAAAACUUCAAAAUCCCAACCUAAUGGGUUCGAUAAAAACGAUGCCGACAACAAGUCGUCGUCUUCGCCGUCAACGAACGAAAACGAAACAGCCAAAAAUGAUAAUGAUGUUGAGAACAACAACAAUAAUAACAAUGAAGAGGAAGGUGAUAAUAGUUCUUCGGGUGUAAGCAGUGAUCAGGAGGUAUUAGCGGCCAGUGCUAAUUCAGGAGUGGCUGCAGCAUCCAAAUCCACGGAUACUAUUAAGAAAAAACCGAGUGUUACUAUAAAUGAAGAGCCAAAAACUAUACCGGAUCAAGGUAAAGAUGAAACUGAUGCAACAAAACUGCCAAAAACAACAAAUUCUACUACGACAACAACAGCAACUAUGCCAACUAUGCAAGCGGCAAUAGGAAAACAGGGAAAUGGACAGCAUCAACAACAACAUUUAGAAAAUACAGCGAAAUCUACACCACCGUCUCAACAUCGCAGUUUACAAAUAACAAUCGCAACAACAGCUGCCAACAGCACCACCAAUAACACAACCAACAACUCCUCAACAACGAGCAACAAUUUGCCAGCAACCACCAAAACAAGUGUUGCCAAUGCCAAGGCAGCAUUUGAAGCCAAAGCCAAUGCACCCACCACAGUGACAUCGGCCAUACCAAACAUUCCUACUACGGUGACAGUCAAGCAAAUGGUGCAGCAGCAACAUGCACCCGUCAUACAACAACAGCAGCAACAAAUGUCUGUGGGUAAAGGGCCCAAGACGCUGUUGGCCCAAACACAACAGGUGGUGGCCAAGGCCCAACCCUCGGUGGCUGGACGUUUGGCUCAGCAGCAGCAGCAGCAACAACAGCAACCCCAACCUCAUAUGAAUCCCAACCAAAAACUAAUGGCCACACAGCAACAAAUACUAAUGCAACAACAGCAGCAACAGCAACAAAUCGCCCAUCAACAACAUCUGCAACAAAUCCUCAAAGCCAAAGCGGCUGCAGCAGCUGGAGCUGCCAAUACCGCCGCCAUUGUGGCCAAACAGCAACAGCAGAUGGCUGCCAACAAGGCCAAUAAUUUACUGCCCACCCAAGACUCUCAAGAGGAACAAAGAUCCGAUGAUGAUGGUGAUCUUAGUCCUUCACCACCAGCCAAAGGAUUCCAACGUCACAAUUCGUUGACGCGCAAACAAGCGGCCGCUAUUGCCAUGCAAAGAGCAACACGAUCAGCUGCCGUUUCGCUGGUGCAACUACCGCCACCCAUUGAGGCUGACAGUGAUACGGAAAUGUCACUGAUAACAAAUUCCAAGUCGUCUGUUGCUGGUGGUGUUGCCGCAACUUCAGUGCAGCACAAUGAUGAUGCGUUAGUAACGGAGAAUAUUGUUCUAGCGCCACCACCACAAUUUUGCGAUUGCAAUGACAUCAAGCAUGCACCUCAGUUGCAGCAACAACAACAGCAACCGACAAUGCCUCAGCAACAGCAAAUGCAUAUGCAGCAGCAACAAACGUUGCAACAGCAACGUCUGCACCAGCAACAACAGCAGCUAUCGUUGCAACAACAGCAAUCGCUACAACAGCAGCAAGCACCACAACAGCAGCAGCAACAUCAUCAUUUGCAACAACAACAACAACAACAGCAGCAACAAUUACAAUACCAACAAUAUCAACAGCAUUUGCAUCAACAACAAUUACAAGCUGCCAUGCAAUUGCAAAUGCAACAGCAACAGCAUCCUCAUAACAUGAUGCAACAGCACUAUGUUACUGGCUCUGGUAAUGUUGCUACUGCUGCUGCUGGUGCCAAUACUGCUGCUGGCAAUAUGGGUACUUUGGGCCGAGUGCGUAUUGUCGGCACUCUACCCAAAACCAAUCAUCAUCGUUUACAUUAAAUUCGUUUUAUUAUUUACAAUUCUUUUUUGUGUCUUUGCUAAUUUCUUAAUUUGUGCAACACUUUUUUGUUAACACUUGCAACAGUUUGUUAGUAAGAGUUUUCUUAGUUCGAUUAGUGUGACCGUUGGCAAUUAAGCGAAUGGUGCGAGGCAUUCUAUUUUGUUGCGUUAAACAAAUUGAAUUAGUUUAUUUUUAGCGAAAACAUUCCCGUUAUUUUAAAAAUUUUGAUUAUUUUACACAAUUUCAAUUUAUAGGUCUUUUAUAUGUUUUAAUAAUUACCAAAAUCUGGCUUUAAACUAAUCGUUUGGAUCUAAAGUUUAAAAUAUUGUUUUAAUUUGAAUUUUUCAUUAAAAAAACGAACAAAUUUUUCUAUUAAAAAUAAAUAGGUUUACUUUAUUUAGAAUACAUUCUUGAUUUUAUUUCUAAAAUCGAUUUAUUUUACAUCAACACAAAACAGAUAUUUUAUUUUCUAUUCGAAAGAUAACUGUUUCGAAAAUUCCUUAACAAAAAAACUUAGAAAUUCUAAGAAUUUUCUUUUCAAAUCGAAUACUACAGCUGUAUAGAACACAUUUCCAUUAACACACUGAACAAAUUAUUUAGAUUAAUUUUUGAAAAUAUUCGAAUAUUUUUAAUGAUGUUAAAACCUCCGGCUGAAAACUUCACUAUAGUGUUACCAUGUUCUCACAAUUCAAAUUUUCGUUAUUCGGUUUUUUUAUUCGCAGUUAAAGCUUUGUUUUCUUGGCGAAUUACAUUAUUUAUUGACUUGUCUCUAAGCUAGUUUAUCUACUUUAUGGACUAGUCUAUCUAGUAGUAUAUUGAUUAAUCUAUAGAUUAGUCAAUGAAGAAGUAUAUUGACUAAUCCUUUGAAUAGUACAUUGCCUCUUCUAUUGACUAAUCUAUGCACUAGACUAAUGAUCAAUCUCUGGACUAGUCUAUGAACUAGUAUAUUGAUUCUUCUAUAGACUAGCCAAUUGACUAGUAUAUGGACUAGAAUAUUGUCUGGUCUAUCGUAUAUUCUAUGUAUAUGGACUAGGCUAUCGACUAGUCUAUUUAUGAAUCUAUAGAAUAGUCUAUUGAUUAUUUUAUUAACCAGUCAUUUGACUAUUCUAUUAACUAGUCUGUUGACUAUGGCUACCGACAGGUCUAUUUAGUAGCCAAUGGAGAUGCCUAUUUACUAAUCCGUAAUCUAUUAAUAAGUCUAUUCAAUCUUCUAUGAAAUAGUGUGUUGACUAAUACAUGGACUAACCUUUUGUGUAGUAUACGAACUAGUCACUUCACGUACAAAAAUCUAUUGACUAUUUAAUGCACUAGUGUAUGGAAUAGUCUAUUGACUUAUCUUCUAAAUACCCUUGGAUAAAGAUAAGGACAAGUAUAUAGAUUAAUAUAUAGACUAUUCUAAUGACUAGGUUAACGAUUAGGCUAUUGAUUGGUAUAUUUAGUAGUGAAUCGAACUGUCUAUUGACUUAUCUAAUGAUCAGUUUAUGGACAAGUCUGUAAACUAGUCUCUUAAUCAGUCUAUUUAAUCUUCUAUGAAAUAGUUAAUUGAUUAGUACAUGGGCUAGUCUAUUGUCUAGUUUUUUUUCACUUAUCUAUUGAUUAGUGUAUUGACUAAUCUAUGGAUUAGUCUCGUGACUUUUCUACCAAAUAGCCACGGACUAGACUAUUGAAUUAACUGAACAUUGACUAGUCUAUGAUGAAGUUCUAUUGACUAGACUAUAGACUAAUCUAUAGACUACUCUAUAGACUAAUAUAUAAUUUAGUCUAUUGUCUAGUCUAUGGAUGAAUACAUUGACUAUUGUAACUGUUUACUAACACACUGCUUAAUAUGCCGUGGGGAUACAGCAGUAUUUGUAUAUUUUAUAUCGUACUGCAAAACAGUAAACAGUGAUAAACGGUAUUAUCGACAUGAAGUCAAUAAUACCGUUUCUCAUUGUUUACUGUUUUGCUCUACGAUGUAAAAUAAACAUUAUGUUUGGCACAAGUUUAAACUGUAAUUAAUCGCAAAAGAAAACAAUUUUAAAGGAAAUUACAAACUUUUAAUAUAAUUCGUUAAAAUUUCUCUAGAAAUUAUUUAUUUUUAUUUUAAAAAGCCUGCCCAAAAACCAUUGCUUUAUUGCCAACUUCUUUGUGGAAACUACUUGAACUUAAAACUCUUCUUUGUUUUAGUAAGGAUGGCAUUUUAUAAAAAUAUUAAAUUAUAAAAUAGAAUAAUAAAUAUAAUUGUUUUUUCUUUAAAACGCACAUAUUUUCAAUAAAAUUAUAAUAAAACAAACAAACGUAAAAGGUUUUUCUAUAGAGUAGAAGAAA